UGCCAGGUUGCUUUGAUGGUGGGAGCACUUAGGAUCUCUGCAUAGGUGAGUCCUCGGUCCUCAGUCAGUGCACUUGCCCAUGAUCUUGGUAACCCAGUAUGGCAAAUGCUGGUGUCUUAGCAAUGUUCACCUCCCUUGUAUUUGCCUUUGGGUGUGGGGAUGCUGGUGUCACUAACGGUCUGUACCUUGAAUUUGGUGCAGUGGGAUGAAGUGUGGAACGGUGUCCAGGUAUAGGAACAAGCUUGGGCAAAAACAUCCCUGGAGGCUGAACUGCGAGUGUUCAGGGAGCCUCAGGUCUCCGUUAUGUUUGGUGUGAUCAGCGAGCAGGGGACAGAAUUCAACUCUGGAACAGCAGCCUAUGGAGCUGGGCUUCUGUUUUGGGAGUGGUGGGAGCCAUGGAAGGUUUAGAGCAGAGGAGUGAUCCGAUUGGUCUUCACAGGCUUUCUCUGGCUGCACAGUGAAGAAGAUUGGGGUGAGGAAAGAAGACUGUUGAUGGCUGGACUAGAUUGGUGGUUCUGGAGAUUUUUUGUGGUUGCUGAACAUAGCAGGGGAAAGAACUCUGAGUGCCUGACUGAGAGGUCAUGACUCUAGCCAUGGCUGGAAGGACGUGGACAGGCCCUGGUUAUUGGUGCGCGGCGAAAGAUGAAGAGGCACCUUCUGAGCAGACCGUUUCUUUAGGAGUCUCCCAUGAUAGCAUUUCCAAGGCAGGUUCAUCAACCCAGAUGGCUCACCCUUGUGACAUUUGUGGCCCCAUCGUGAAAGACCUCUUACACCUGCAUGAACACCAGGAAAUAUGCCAAGGACUGAAACCUUACACCUGCGGGGCGUGUGGGAGACAGUUCUUGUUCAGUGCAAACUUUCACCAGCAUCAGAAGCAGUACAGUGUAGAGAAACCUGUCAGAAGAGACAGAGGCAAGACCUCAUCUGGGAAGAACUGUAGGGUUUGUGAAGAACCUCACCUGUCGGGAAAGCCCUUUCUGUGUGAGGAGCAGUGGAGCCUCCAGGCCAGUCUGGGCAGUCACCAGCGACAGGCCACCCACAGCAAGAAGAAGAGGAGGACUGGGAGCGGGGAGGCCUCUCACAGCGGACAGAUGCAGUACAGCUGCAGCGAAUGCGGGAAGGCCUUCAACCGCAAAGACACGCUUGUCCAGCACCAGAGAAUCCACACCGGAGAAAGGCCCUAUGAGUGCAGCGAAUGCGGGAAGGCCUUCAGCCGCAAAGCCACACUUAUCCAGCACCAGAGAAUCCACACCGGAGAAAGGCCUUACGAAUGCAAAGAAUGUGGGAAAGCCUUUAGCCGCAAAGACAAUCUUACCCAGCACAAAAGAAUUCACACCGGAGAAAUGCCUUACAAGUGUAGCGAGUGUGGAAAAUACUUUAGCCAUCACUCCAACCUCAUCGUACACCAGAGAGUUCACAAUGGAGCGAGGCCUUAUAAGUGUAACAACUGUGGGAAAGUCUUCAGACACAAAUCCACACUUGUUCAGCAUGAGAGCAUCCAUACUGGAGAAAAUCCUUACGUUUGCAGUGAUUGUGGGAAAUCCUUUGGCCACAAGUACACCCUCAUUAAACACCAGAGAAUUCACACUGAGGCAAGGCCUUUUGAGUGCAUCGACUGUGGGAAAUUCUUUAGUAGAAGCUCUGACUUUAUUGCACACCAGAGAGUUCACACAGGGGAAAGGCCAUUUGUGUGCAGCAAAUGUGGGAAAGAUUUCAUCAGAACAUCCCACCUUGUUAGGCACCAAAAAGUUCACACUGGAGAAAGGCCAUACGAGUGCAACGAAUGUGGGAAAGCCUAUAGUUUAAGCUCCCACCUCAUUCGGCACCAGAAGGUUCACACUGCAGGACGGCUUUAGGAGUGCUUUCAACACAACAGGACUUGUGUGGAGAGGGGCUUUGUGAUUGCCCUUGGAGAGGAAGACACCAGUCAGAUGUUGAACCUCAUGUAUCUGAACAUUAGCACUGGGGAGAGACCUUAAGGAUGCCAGGUACAGGGACACUUUCAUGGGUUGCGUUGCACUUGCAGACCUGCUCAGGUUCCUUGCCAAAUUUGCCACCCAAUGUCUGUGGCAGAAACCAUCUCAGUUCUACCAGCUUCGUUUCUGUAUGUCCUCAGGGACACCUCCAGUCUCUGGAGGAAAUUAUGAGAAUCCUGAAUUGAAUGGGAUUCCUCAUUCCCUCCCCACUGACUGGUAAAGGUGUGGACCUCACCCAUCUUUAGCCAAGAGGACCUGAGCUGUGUUCUGGAGGCUUACAGAAGAGUUUUACUUUCUUCAUGGACAUUGUUGGCCUCAUGUGGUACAUGCGACAUAUUUUUCUCCGAGUCACCCCACCUGGAGAACCACUUGUCUUCUGUUGCUCUGGUCUCUGUGAUAAUAAAGACAUUAUUUAAACCAUC